AUGUCCCCCAACACCGCCGCCUGGCUCACCUCCAAAAACUCCUCCCCCUUGGACAUCAAACCCGCCCCAUCACCCCCCUCCCCGCCCCCAGCCAACUUCCUCGUCAUCAAAUCCCAAGCCGUGGCCAUAAACCCAGUAGACUGGUUCAUCCAAUCCCCCGGCAACCCCCUCUUCUCCUACCUCCGCUACCCCGUCAUCCUCGGUUCCGACGUCGCCGGCACGGUAGUCCGCUCCUCCUCCCAUCUGUUCGUCCCCGGCGACAGGGUCGUCGCUCACGCCUUCGGGACAGACCGCCGGUCUAACUCUUCGGCCGAGGGCGCGUUUCAGGAGUACGUCCUUGUUCGUGAGCACCUCGUCGCCAGGAUACCCGAUCAUGUCCGUUUCGAGCAGGCGGCUGUUUUACCUUUGGGUUUUUCGACUGCCGCCACGGCGCUGUUUUUGGGGCGGGAUCAGGGCGGGUUGGGGUUGGCGUUGCCGACUUCGCCGAGGGGAGAUGACAAGAAUCAGGUGGUUAUUGUGUGGGCUGGGGCGACGAGCGUGGGGAGUAACGCGAUACAGCUUGCCAGAGCGGCGGGGUAUGAGGUUUACACUACUGCUUCGGCGGGUAAUUGGGAGCAUGUCCGGCGACUGGGGGCGGCGGAGGUGUGGGAUUACAAGAGUGAGAGUGUGGUGGGGGACAUCAUUGGCAAGCUAAAGAGUGAGAACAAGGUGUGUGCUGGGGCUGUGGCUAUUGGGGCAGGGGCAUUGCCAAGAUGCAUCGACAUCUUGGGUGGCUACAGGACUGUGGAGGGCCAGCCAAAGUUUGUUUCGCAGGUAAGCGGGUCCAAGGAUCCCGGCGAGUUUCUUGGGUUGGGGGCGUUUGGGAUGGUGAAGCUUGUGGUUGAUAUGGUGUGGGCUGGCAUCACGACAGUGGCCAAGGCCAAGAUCAAGGGCGUGGGGUACAAGUUCAUCUGGGGAAGUGAUAUUGGUGAUGACAAGAACAAAGACGUGGCUAAAGCGAUAUGGAAUGUGUACUUGGCGCAGGCAUUAGGGAAGGGUGAGUUUGUGCCGUCGCCUGAGCCACAAGUUGUCGAAGGGAAAGGGCUAGAGAAGAUCCAAGAGGGUUUCGACACCUGUAAGAAGGGUGUGUCGGCGGCCAAAGUGGUCGUUCUCGUGUAG